CAGCGAUGGAUACCGAUAUUUGUCCAGAUGGCGACACCCGCACCCAAAAAGAAAUGGUCGUCAAACUCAUAGUCGCUCAUUUCACAGCCGUCGUCGCCUUCUGCAAUUUCCAGUCCCUGCGCAACGAAAGACUCGACACCAUCGAACCAAUCCUAUUUCUUCUAUCGCCCUUGAUAGUAAUAGCCCAAACAGCGCUCGGGAUCAUCAUCAUUAACGUCUCUUUCGUCUCAAACGUCGCUCAGUCCCCUAAAUCCCUUUCUCUUCAUCUUGAAACUUACGCGCGACGAUGGAAUACGCUAUUCGGAAAGAAGCCAUCACAACCUCGUCGAACACCCACUGGCUCAUUGGAAACAAUGCAAUCGCGCUUUGGUAGUGCCUGGAUAAGGCUUGGAAGAGCGGUAGCUAUCUUUGCAACACUUUUCCAAUUCGCAGCUACGAUAUUUCUCUACCGACGUCGAAAGAGUUUACAUGGAUGGGAUUCACUUGCAGUCGUUGACCAUCGAACAUUUGAGCUAUCUGUCGGCGGCGCCGCUGUCUCCAUCCUGUCUCUCGCUCUCCUUCUCAAAUUUCCCGGCUUCGGACAAGCACCGGAAGCGCUGUACAUCCCAGAACUCAAACCAGAUCCAGCUGUUAUCUUCUGCCGCGGUGAUUCGCGUCGUUGUCCGAGCUGGUAUCAGAUUCUCUACGAUUCAGAUAUCGGCUCAGCUACUUCAGCUGCGACGUGGCUAGCAUGCGUUUUAUCGUCAACUUACAAAGGGGAAUCGAUCCCGCUUCACUUCCUAUGUGAGUUUUACGCAGGGAUCUACACAGAAUUUGCUCGAGUAUUCUCACUCCAGAUUUCAAUGCCGAUAUUCUACCUCCUCGUUGCAGUAUUCUUCGCGGUAUUCUUCACACUACCGCAUGUAUACAAUGGCCCAGGCUUUGAAGCAGUCGGCCAAAGGCUCUGGGCCAUGAUACCAGCUCUACUUGCAGUGCUGGCUGCUAUACUUACAUUUUUCUGCAUGUUUAUGCUGAUGAUGUUGCCGGUUGUUUUGGUGUUGUGUCCUUCUCUUGUUAGCGGGCCGGGAAGCAUUUUCACGAUGAAAGGGUAUGAGACUCGUGCGCUGUUUUCGCAACCGCCGUUUACACCGGUGACGAAUGAGACGGAUUGUAUUUUGCUUUGGAAGGAUCCUGUGGCGGAGUAUUUAUGGUCACUCGUAUAA